AUGAACUCGUCUGCCUCCCCCGCGGCCCCUCUAAACGCCUCCUCCUCUGGCCUGCUGUGGUACCUAUACCCGGUGUGCGCGGCGAGUCCAUACGCCUUCGUCUUCUACUACGGUGCCAAAGUGCUGAACCUGGUGGUGGGAACGCCGUGUAACGUGCUGGUGGUGUGGCACAUCGUGUCCCGCAAGAGUGACUCCUCCACCUCCGACGUCUUCAUCCUGAACCUGGCCAUCCUGGACACGUACUUCUGCCUCAUGACGCCCAUCGACCUGGUGAACCGCCUGGUGAUAGGAAGUGGCCACAUCUGGUACUUCCUGCGCUUCUCCUACGGCGUCAAAGACUCGGCUCCGCUGUUCCUGAUGUGCAUUUGCCUGGACCGCUACAUGGCCGUGGUGCACCCGGUCAUCUUCAGUCGUGUGCGAGACAACCGUCUGCGUGUGGGGGUGUGUGUGGUGGUGUGGGGGCUGGUGCUGGGCUACGGCGUGGCCAAGAGUCUGGUGCAGACCAUACAGGUGCAGUACGAGCUCUUCAGCGCCAUCAUCCUGCUGGCCUUCUGCAUCAUGCUCUUUUCCAACAUCUCCAUCCUCUGCGUGCUGCGGCGCUCAGUCGCCGGGAAGGAGGAGAUGCACCCGGUGAAGAAGCGGGCCUUCCGCAUGGUGCUCAUCAUCCUGGCCAUCAUCGUGGUCAACUACCUUCCCCCCGUGGCCAUCUUGCCCUUCUCUGCACGCUACAGCUUUGCAGACUACCGCUGUAGGAUCCUGCUGGCGGUCUACCUGCUCAUGGACCUGAGCAGCAGCAUCGAGCCCCUUGUCUACAUCACCAAGAUGGAGGGCUGCGGAGGAGGCUGCUGCGGACGAGGAGAGCCCCGGAACAAGGAUGGAGAAGUGGAGCCUGAGCACAAGACCUGA